CGUCAUUGCCUGUUUUGAGGAAAGAGAGGACUCCUUUCAACAACAUUAAUCUCUACCCAGUCCUGUGCUGGGACAUUAUCAGCCACAUUUCUGACCAGACCAGACCAACAGUUGUAUUUUCCUUUGUCCUCCGCCUCUCGUAGACAGUUAUAAACAUCGGCGCCACGGUAAGAUCGACUUCAGCACCUCGGCGAGGUAGAGCUUGUCAGCUAGCUUACAUUAGCCAGCCGCUACCAGUAGAUUUACGGCUUAUAUCCGUGGCUGCCCUGCCAGGUAGAUCAACUAAAGCUGGGGGCCACAAUGGUUUGGUCAGUUCACCAGUUUCUGAGUACUGACAUUGGUAAAUAAUUCGUCUGGUUUGAGGAACAAUUCAGCGCUAUCUUUUGUUCGGCUUGCGCGCAGCCUGGUUAGCUUGGCCUGUUUCAUUGUCUCCGAACAUCGAAAACACACAAGUUGUUUUUUUCAGUGUCGGUAGGCUGUUUGGCUAGUUAGGCUAACUUGGCCGUGUUCGUGUAAACAAAACCCGUCAGCUGUCGACUCCAGAUAAUCUUGAAAGCUACCCAGUCCAGUAUGGCGCAACACGACCCCUCUCAUGUAGCCAGUUCACAGAAAGCUCUCAUGUUGGAAAUGAAGAGCCUUCAGGAGGAGCCGGUCGAGGGAUUCAAAAUAACACUGGUGGACGAGGCUGAUUUGUACAACUGGGAAGUGGCCAUUUUCGGACCCCCAAACACUCAUUAUGAAGGGGGAUAUUUUAAGGCUCGGAUCAAGUUUCCUAUAGACUACCCGUACUCCCCACCUGCCUUCCGGUUCCUCACCAAGAUGUGGCACCCCAACAUCUAUGAGAAUGGAGAUGUGUGUAUUUCUAUAUUGCACCCUCCAGUGGACGACCCGCAGAGUGGAGAGCUGCCUUCAGAGAGAUGGAAUCCCACCCAGAAUGUCCGGACCAUUUUACUGAGUGUGAUCUCGCUGCUGAAUGAACCCAACACCUUCUCUCCUGCUAAUGUGGACGCUUCCGUCAUGUACCGCAAAUGGCGGGACAGCAAGGGCAAGGACCGGGAAUAUGUAGAAAUCAUCAGGAAACAGGUUUUGGCCACUAAGGCAGAGGCUGAGCGCGACGGUGUGAAAGUUCCCACUACGCUUGCCGAGUACUGCGUCCGCACGCGCGUCCCGGCCCCCGACGAAGGCUCUGACCUCUUCUAUGACUAUUACUAUGACGACGAUGAUGUGGAGGGCGGGGAUGGCGACUGCUGCUAUGAUGAGGACGACUCGGGCAAUGAGGAGUCGUGACAUGCUUUUUGACAGCAUCUCCAAUCUAGCUGACACAUGCUACCCCCUUUUUUUCUGCCCGGGUUGCCAGAUAUUCUAGGUCUACAACCGAGAAAGAUUUGAAGCUUCCCACUUUUAAACCAAUGAAAAGAGCUGUUUUUCCUAAAUCUCUGAGUUGUUCUCAGAGGCUUAAAUCGAUGCAUCGUUGUGGAAGGGUCAGACCUGGUAAGAUUUGCACCAGCACAAAAGUCACCAGUUUCUCCAAUUUUACAAACAGUUUUCAUCACCACCUAAAACCUUACCUCGAGAGAAUAAUUUAAACUAUUCCUUAAUUAGUUGUUCAGUCCCCUGUACAGUAUAAGGUAUUGUCGGAUUAAUGCCAUUGUCAACAACAGCAACAUUUGCACUGGUGCAAACACUUCCAAACUUUUCUCAGCCUGUCUCUUGCAUAUCUUUAUUUCCCUAAUUGUAAUUGGGUGUUGCUCACCAGUAGUUGGUCUAAGUGACUGGCAAAGGAAAGGGACUUCAAGCAGCCCUGUUUGUGCUGAGCAGUGUGCUGCAAACACAUUGUGAAUCUGACAAGUUUCAAGUCUGACAGGUUUCACGGCCUGACUCGCUUCAAACGGACAGGACAUGACUUGACACGGGAUGGUGUUUUCAAAGUUCCUGUGCAUGCCAGAACAUCUUUGGAAGCUUUGCGUCUCUUACUGGUGAACAGUUUACCUACAUCGUGAUCUGUUUUCAGCCCGAUGAUAACAAGGACUUGUGACAAUGGAGGACUCUCUGCCUAGAGGACCGUCUGGCGAGCUGAGUCAGUUGGUCAAAAUCCUCAUGUGAACAUUUUUUUGCUAACAUGAAAUUGAUCUUUGCUGUGUUUCUUCUGGUUACUGUUGGAUGUGUUUCUCUGUCAUUUUGAGUGUGGGGAUAUGUUAUUUGAAGUAGCUCAGAUGUAAGAGUCGUGUAGGAUGACCAAGUUUUGCAGGAUGGGGGUUGGGGGGGGUUGGGGGUGGUGGGCAGAUCACAUUACUGAUCAGAACUGUAUUUCUCCUCAGGUUUGCUCUCUGAGCGGCCUGAAGGAGCCAAAGACCGAAACCAGUGUAAAAGAAAGCCCAACAUAUUUUAUUGACUGUUUGUUGUAUUCUUGUCUUUGUUUGCUUUCUUGCCAGCUUUGUUAUUUUAGUCUCUUUCUUUGGGUAGACAUUAUGCCUGCAGUCUCUGCUUGAGAAUGAUUUUUGUGAUGAGAUUAUUAGGUUUAAUUGGCAAAAAAGCUUCUGUAGGAAAAGUGUCUGUCAAAAGGUGUUGUUGCAGUAUCAGUCAGGAUUAUCAAACUUGAUCAGCCCUGGAAGUGAAGAAGAAGAAGAAGGCCACCAUGUUUAAUUUUCAUUUCAAUUCUCUGUUAGUUAAGAGUGGACGGGUUUUGAUAUGAUUUUUAGAGUGUAUGGGUAUUCUCUGUAUUUUUGCAUCAGCAAUAUUGAUUGUUUCGUUUGCUUAAAUUGGGAUUUCAUACUGAAUUUCUCAGGAUAAUGAAUUACACAUGACAAAACAAUUAAAACAAGCAAAUAUUUUCCUCUUUAGGUGGUCUGCAGCAUUGGUUUACAGCUUCAACUAUAACUGAUAUGCACAUGUAGCUGUAUGGAUGAUCACCAUGUUGUUUUAUUCACCUGUGUUUAUUUUUUAUUUUCCGCUAUUUAAAACUGAUAAAUAAAGAUUUAUUGAAAAAAGA